UUGUAAAGCAAUCUUUUGCGACAUUUCUGGUCUCGAAAAGUGAACGGAUACGAAAUUUCGACAUUUCCAGCAUCGUAGAGACCCGCGGGCUCGCGGCCUCGCGCGAUUGGCCGGUCGGCAGCACGAUUUGUGCCAAUGAGCGGCGAGCGCGCUUUUUUCGCCGCCGCCGCCGGGAAGCCGCGCACCCGGUCGACCGUCACACGCCACUUCGUCGGUUGCUCUCGUAGCGUUCGCACAGGUUUUUUGUCCGUAGUAAUUUCUUUCUCGCAGCAGUCAUGGCUGAGGAGACGAGCACAGCCGCAGCAGCGCCGGCCGCGUCGUCGGCACCCCAGAGCCCCAAGAAGAAGGCGGCGCGCGGAGCCGGCAAACCCCGCACCACGGCCAGCCACCCCAAGGUGUCGGCCAUGGUGAACGCGUCCAUCGGCGAGCUGAAGGAGCGCGGAGGGUCGUCGCUGCAGGCCAUCAAGAAGCACAUGGCGGCCACCUACAAGGUGGACGUGGAGAAGCUGUCGCCGUUUAUCCGCAAGUACCUCAAGUCGGCCGUCACCUCGGGCGCGCUGGUCCAGACCAAGGGCAAGGGCGCCAGCGGUUCGUUCAAGCUGGCUGCGGGCGCCGCUGCGGGCGAGAAGAAAAAGGCCAAGGCUGCAGGAGUCGUCAAGAAAGCCGCCAAGAAGACUCCCAAGAAGUCUCCCAAAAAGGCUCCCAAGAAGGUGGCGGUCAAGAAGGCCAAGCCAGCAAAGAAGCCCAAGGCCGAGAAGAAGGCGUCGCUGCCCAAGAAACCCAAGAAGCCGGCGGCCAAGAAGGCGGCCACCCCAAAGAAGGCAGCCAAGAAGUAAAGCUCGGCCUCCACGAGUCGGCCCCACGGGCACACACCAACGGCCCUCGUCAGGGCCACCCGAAACGUCUGCCUCGGUGGAACCGUUUACCGCGGUGCUCCGACCCCCGUGACCUCUCACAACUCGUUUUCGCCCAGUUAUUAUUAGGUGCAGCGGUGGCGUAGAGGUAGAACACCCGCCUCGCGUGCAAGAGGUCGGUGGUUCGAAUCCCGGUGCCGCGCAAUUUUCCACCGGACUAGAAAAAAAAAAGAAAUCCGCGUGUUGAUAAAAUUGCAUAAACAGGCCUGGAGUGUGGCCUGAUCCCGGUGACCAGAACCGGGUAACGCACUCCCUCACCAGAGCAGGAUUGGCCACCCUGGUGCAGUACUUGGCCACAACCUCCCAUAUGAACACAACAAUCAAACCCCGGCCCUCAGUC